AUGCCUUUGUUGACCCAACUUGCCUUUAAUGACAAUUAUGGACUCACUUCAAAGUUCCUAGGAUUUAUACUUGAUUGUCACAACUUGACCUUCAUGGAUUUGUCCCAUAAUAAGUUCAAUGGAACAAUACCAGAAUCUUUAUUUACCAAUCUGGGCAAUCUUAAAUACAUUAUUCUUACUGAUAAUUCAUUCCAAGGACCAUUGUCACCAAAAAUUUCCCACAAUUUCAAGCUCAAAGAUCUUCGUCUAGGACAAAACCAUUUCAGUGGCCUUAUUCCUGAGGAUAUUGAAGUAUUGUUCAAUCUUCGAACUAUAAGCUUGUACAACAAUUCAUUGGAAGGGAGAAUUCCUUCUUCAAUAAGCCAGCUCAAGGGCCUCUCGAGACUCUCUCUACGAAUAAAUAGCUUGAAUUCUACAAUUCCUUCUGAGCUUGGGUUUUGUACAAACCUCAUCAUCUUGUCCCUGUAUACAAAUUCAUUCACGGGAGAAAUUCCACCGGAAAUAGAUAUUUUGACAAAGCUCCAAUAUCUUUAUCUGUCUGAAAACCAGCUCUCUGGUUCGAUUCUAGUAGAGCUUGGAAAGUUGACUCAACUGCAGGCUUUACAGCUGGCCUCCAAUGAAUUGUCCGGGGAAAUUCCAUUUGAAAUAGGCCUAUUGACAAAUCUCCUAAUUCUUUUUUUGUUUAAUAAUAACCUUUUUGGCUCAAUUCCUCCCGAGAUUGGGAACUUGAAAGAUUUGGACCUUUCUGGCUCAAUUCCUCAUGAGAUUGGGAACUUGAACGAUUUGGAGGCAUUAGGCCUUUUAGAAAACCAGCUCUCUGGUCCAAUUCCAGUAGAGCUUGGAAAGUUGACUCAACUGCAGGCUUUACGGCUGGCCUCCAAUGAAUUGUCCGGGGAAAUUCCAUUUGGAAUAGAAAACCAACUCUCCGGUCCAAUUCCAAUAGAGCUUGGAAAGUUGACUCAACUGCAGGAUUUAGAGCUGGGCUCCAACGAAUUGUCUGGGGAAAUUCCAUCGGAAAUAGGCAUAUUGACAAAUCUCGUAAUUCUUUCUCUGUUUAAUAAUAGCCUUUCUGGCUCAAUUCCUCAUGAGAUUGGGAACUUGAACGAUUUGGAGGCAUUAGGCCUUUUAGAAAACCAGCUCUCUGGUCCAAUUCCAGUAGAGCUUGGAAAGUUGACUCAACUGCAUGCUUUAUAUCUGGCCUCCAACGAAUUGUCUGAGGAAAUUCCAACUUUACUUGGAAAUCUAAGGCUGCUAUUCUCACUUAGUUUGAGCAGGAACCAUUUGACAGGAGAGAUUCCUCAAAAUCUAGUCAACUGUACCUGA